GAGGAAACGGAUUCGGACUUCUUUUAUAGAAUCCGACCCGUUUUAACCAUGCCAAUUAUUACAUGGUAUAUUCCUUAGCGUAAUAUUCUUUCGAGAUUCUCUCUCUCUCGGAAUAAACGAGUCGCAGAAUCCAUACCAUCGAUGCCGAAGGUGGCGGCGGCUUCCUGCGUGUGCGGUGUGAAUGGACGAGGCAAGACGUGGAGGGCGGCGGCGCCCGGGGCUGAAGCUCCUUCUCUUCCUCCACGCUUCCCUCUUCCUCAACGUCUUCUUCUUCUGCUACCUCGUCCUGUCCCGCCACCAGCCGCCGCCUGGGUGGGCUCGCUCCGCCGCCAGGGACGCCGAGGCCGUCGCCGCGAUCGACUGCUCUGGCCACGGCCGCGCCUUUCUGGCCGGCGGAGGUCUCCCCGCGUGCGAGUGCAACGCGUGCUACUCCGGCGACGACUGCUCCCAGCUGCUGCUCGACUGCCCCGCCGACGCCGACAGUGAGGAUCCAUUGUUUUUGGAGCCAUACUGGCAGCAGCAUGCAUCAACCAGCUCGAUCGUCUUGCCAGGAUGGCAGUGCAUGAGUUCUCAGACCAUGGGCGGUGACUUCAUUUCCGCCGAGCUCGACAGGCAUGUUCGUCUCCUUCACAAAGCUGCGGAGAACGCAAUCACGGAUGGAAAGUUCAUCCUCUUUGGAUCAGAGGUAGCCGAGCUCCUCCAUGCUCUGGUUCACGCCCUCUCUGCCGACAAUGCCUCCUCAUCCCCUGCAUGUCUCGUUGCAUCGGCUCCCCACAACCCAUUUGGAAGAAGACAACAUGAAUGUAUAGGAAUUAGAUCUAAUUAUGUGAAAGGAUCAGUCUCACCUGCAACAAAGAUCAUUGAGUAUGUCACUUCGCCGAACGAUCCAGAUGGGCUCUUGCAGCAAUCUGUUCUCGGUGCAUCGGCAGUGAUCCAUGAUCAUGCCUAUUUUUGGCCUCACUAUUCAUCAAUACCAGCUCCAGCAGAUGAAGAUAUUAUGCUGUUUACCAUUUCCAAGAUCUCAGGCCAUGCUGGUAUCAGGCUUUGGUGGGCAGUAAUAAAGGAUCAGAAAACAUACCAGAAAGCUGCAGAAUACAUGUCUUUGAACACCAUGGUUGUUUCUUGUGAUGUCCAACUAAGAGUUCUGAAGCUCAUCAGAGUGGUGAUAGCAGAGAUGGGAAAAGGAGGAGGCAUUUUCGAAUUUGGUUACAAGACACUGAAGACGAGGUGGAGCAAAUUGCAUAAGCUCAUCUCCUCUUCCAAUCGUUUCUCUAUCCAACCACUCCUUCCUCGUUAUUGCAACUACUUCAAAAGGAUCCGAGACCCAUCUCCAGCUUAUGCUUGGCUAAAGUGCGAGACGGAGGAAGACAAGGACUGCUAUUCUGUGCUUAAGACAUCGGGCAUCACCUCGCGCUCUGGUACACUCUUUGAAGCCAACAGCCAUUACACACGCCUAAGCCUUGUUAAGACAGAAGAUGACUUUGAUUUGUUGACGAUGAGGAUGGAGGCUCUCUUAUCCAAGGAGUUGAUUGCAUCCUCGUGAGACCCUGAACAAGCAAUCAGGAGUGUCAGUACUUGUAUUCAUGCAUCUUUGUUGUUGUAUCGCUUGCUCAUAUUAGCUAGCAACUAUGAGAUCCUCGGUUUAUCAAACUAGAUUGUAUCAUGCUUGGACAAAUAAAAACUGGUUUAUUCAGCAA